UAUCGACAGAGAGCAGCUGGGACAGACGGAGCAAAGGGCGAGUUGAAGCAGCGCUCUAACUCGUUGUGGAUGUUGAAGAAUUCGCUUGUCGAGAAAGUCGCUGAUCCGCCAACGAGAAGGACGGGGAAGUAAAUGACGACCCUCACCUUCAUGAAAAUGUUAAGGAUAAAGCCUUCAUUUGAAAACGUUAACUAAGGAUGAUGAACGUCAACGCCUCAAAGAGUAACAAUAGCAGGACAAGGACAUAAAGAAUUUCACACAGCGAUGAACUAAAGACAUCACGACAACAAUGAGCAGCAGCUUCUUUACAUCUUGAAUAGGUAGCGUCUACAUAUUUUCAAUUUCAUCAUCAAAGUGAACAAAUCAAGACGUAUCUUCAGUGCAGCAUGAGCAUCAAAAUACAAAAAGAUGAAUUUCACACAUAAUAUAAUGCCAGUAUCACUACAUCAACGGAACUCUUCAGAUACCAGCCUACUACAGAAAACAUUUCCAAAACUGCUCAAGAACUUCUUCUACCCAACUACUUGUAUAGCGAUUAUUUCAUCAGGACUUACGACACACAUACAUCAAUAUCUUCAAGGACUGCAUAGAGAUCCACAACUGCCUGGUAGUUCACAUUGGAAGAUACCAGCACCCGUGUCCUCGACAA